UAACCGCCGUCCCUCCUUCGUCAUAGUCGGUGUACGGAGUUCAGUUGAAGCUGUAGCAUACGGAGAAGGACCUUCAAAAUACUUCCCCCUCGAGCUUUAUUUCUGUCAAAGUUGCUAAGGAACGAAGUCAGAAAGAAGUCUCAAUAAAAUGAAGCCCCUGGACUUAUGCGUUAUACUUGUGUGCAGUUUCUUUGCUGUUAGCACCGUCUCUGGAUUCUACCUUCCGGGUUUAGCUCCGGUUAAUUUCUGCGACGAGGACAAGCAAACCAGUGACUGCCAGACUGAGAUCCAGUUGUUUGUAAACCGGUUGGACUCUGUUGAGUCCGUCCUGCCCUACGAGUAUGACGUGUUUGACUUUUGCAAAGAUGAACGUGAGAAGAGGCCUUCAGAAAACCUGGGCCAGGUGCUGUUCGGGGAGAGAAUCGAGACCUCACCUUACAAGUUCAAAUUCAGGAAAGAUGAGUCUUGUCAUAACGUGUGCAAAAAAGUGUAUGAUCCAUCGAAACAGGACGAUAAAGCUAAUUUGGACUUUCUUAAAAGAGGCAUGGAGCUAAAUUACCAGCAUCACUGGAUUGUUGACAACAUGCCUGUAACAUGGUGCUAUGACGUAGAGGACGGACAAAAGUACUGUAAUCCCGGUUUUCCAAUCGGCUGCUUAGUAACCUUUGAUGGACGUUCUAAAGAUGCUUGCGUCAUCAGUUCGGAGUUCAACAAGAAAAAUACUUUCUACCUCUUCAACCAUGUGGAUAUCACCAUAACCUACCACAGCGGGGAAAAUGAGAGCUGGAGAGGUGCUCGGCUGGUUGGUGCGAGACUAGAGCCGAAAAGCAUUAAACACCCUGAGGGCAACAGCCAGUUGUGUGAAGGACCACCCAUGGACAUACCAAAAGAGUUUACUGGUAAUCUAGAAGUGACCUACUCUUAUUCAGUCAAGUUUGAAAAGACAGAUCAGAUCAAAUGGGCUUCAAGGUGGGAUUACAUUUUGGUCUCCAUGCCUCAUACAAACAUCCAGUGGUUUAGCAUCAUGAACUCCCUGGUCAUUGUGCUCUUCCUCUCGGGCAUGGUGGCCAUGAUCAUGCUGAGAACUCUACACAAGGACAUCGCUAGGUAUAACCAGGUGGACCAGGCAGACUUGGUUAAGAUCCAUCUACAAUCAGGCAUUGCAUAUGAGGACGCCCAGGAGGAGUCGGGGUGGAAGCAGGUACACGGGGACGUGUUCAGACCACCGAAGAGUGGCAUGCUGCUGUCUGUCUUUCUAGGGCAGGGCACACAGAUUUUCAUCAUGACCUUCAUCACGCUCUUUCUAGCAUGCCUCGGAUUUUUGUCUCCUGCAAACAGAGGAGCCCUUAUGACCUGUGCAGUGGUGCUGUGGGUCCUGCUGGGCACGCCUGCUGGCUAUGUAUCAGCCAGGCUGUACAAGUGUUUUGGUGGAGAAAAAUGGAAAACAAAUGUUUUAUUGACAGCACUUUUGUGUCCUGGCAUUGUUUUUGCGGAUUUCUUCCUGAUGAAUCUGAUUCUGUGGGUGGAGGGUUCGUCUGCUGCCAUCCCAUUCGGCACAUUGAUAGCUAUCCUGGCACUGUGGUUUGGCAUUUCUGUUCCUCUUACCUUCGUAGGCGCGUACAUUGGCUUCAAAAAAGCGGUGAUAGAAUUGCCAGUGAGAACAAACCAGAUCCCACGGCAAAUCCCAGAGCAGUCCUUUUUUACCAAACCCAUUCCAGGCAUUAUCAUGGGUGGCAUCCUGCCUUUCGGCUGCAUUUUCAUCCAGCUCUUCUUUAUACUUAACAGCAUCUGGUCUCACCAGAUGUAUUAUAUGUUUGGGUUCUUGUUCUUGGUGUUUAUUAUUCUCCUCAUCACAUGUUCAGAAGCCACCAUUCUGCUCUGCUACUUUCAUCUGUGUGCUGAGGAUUAUCACUGGUGGUGGCGUUCCUUCCUCACUAGUGGAUUCACCGCCGUUUAUCUCUUCAUCUACGCUAUACAUUAUUUCUUUUCCAAACUGCAAAUCCAAGGAGCUGCCAGUAUUAUUCUUUACUUUGGCUACACCCUGAUCAUGGUUCUUAUAUUCUUCCUUUUCACAGGUACCAUUGGCUUUUUUGCCUGUUUCUGGUUUGUAAACAAAAUCUACAGUGUAGUGAAAGUGGAUUAAGCUGGGAAAUCUCAGCACUGGACUCUCUGGACAAUGUGUGGAAAUCUCUUCAGUGUUCAACUUUGAUUGGCAGACUGUUAUGCGAGAGAUGUCCUUCUUUGCUUAUUAACUAGUUUUACCAUCAUAAUUCUCUUUCUCUUCUGUGUAAUUUGGUAUAUUAGUUUGCACAAUUAACAUGUUUGAAAAUGAUGAAUGUUAUGGACACGCUGGCUAGAGAGAACUGAGCAGGCUCAAAUAUUUGCACGUGAAAGGGUUAACUUGUCACUGAACACUGUGGGAAAUGUACAAGAGUGAUCAAAAGAAUCAGAUACAUAUCUGUGACCUGAAACACACUGAUAUCGGACUAGAAAAGUCAUUCCGACUUCUAUGUUAAAAUUCUUCUAUAUUAUCUUUUUUAUAUUGUUCUCCAGAUAUUCUCAUUUCUUUUUUACCUUGGUUACUCUCUUUUUUUCUUCCUUUUUUUCCCCCUUUUUUAUUAUUAAUAACUCAUUCUACUGUGUUUUAUAAUUUGAUUGUUAAAACAUGAAAUUCAGUGUCAUUUUACUUCUGUUUUAUAAAAAUAUUCUUAGCCAAAUGAUGAUAAGGUUUGUAAAUAAAAAAAUAAGGAUAAACAAGAUUGUUUAUCACUAAUAAUUGGAUCAACCUAUUUCAUAUUUAUGAAUAACCCACACUGACUUACAAGUAAAACAAUGAAAGUAACUGAUUUAAUAAAUGACAGAGAGGCAUGAGAGCAAUAAGCAAUGACGACUACGGUAAAGCUUUGUUUCAAGAAAUUUUAAUUGCUCACAGCUGCUACUGAGCUUCAGAAAAUCAUGUGAGCUAUACCGAAAGAUCGUGAAACAAAAAUAAAGCACAAUAUAAAUCAUUACAAUAUUCAUCUACAUCGUUUAAAACAAUUUAUUUCUUAAUAUAAGUACAAGUAUUUUUUAAUGCCUUGCAUUAUAAGGAUCUUAUUUGUUUACUCGUUUACUGUUUGAUACUAAAGAGGAAGGAAUGUUGGUUGGAUAGAGUCAUCAAGUGACUGGCGUGUGUGUGUGUGCGUGUGUGUGCGUUUUAACAUUUAUGUAAAAAUGGCAGGCUAUAACCAUGUUGAAAACACGAAUGUCGAAGGUUCAUCCAAUAAUCCUUUCAUUUAGAAGUACAUUAGUAUGGGUUUAGAUUUAUGAUGCUGUUUAUCUUAUGUGCAUUGUUUAAAAAAAAAGAAUAAAUAAUGAAUACAUUUUGA